CCGUGGCAUUCCCAUUUGCUAGCGUGCUGCUGCGGCCGCACGCCUGAUUGAUAUAUGACUGCAAUGGCACUUUUCCAUUUGACAUUCUCUCUCUCUCUCUCUCUCUCUCUCUCUCUCUCUCUCUCUCUCUCUCUCUCUCUGUCUCUCCCUCUCUCUCCCUGUGUCGCUUAAACAACAGUCCUAACUUUUGUGUGUUGCAAAUAUAAAAGGCAAGCCAUGUGACAGAGGGACAGAAGAACAAAAGCAUUUGGAAGUAACAGGACCUCUUUCUAGCUCUCAGAAAAGUCUGAGAAGAAAGGAGCCCUGCGUUUCCCCCAAGCUGUGCAGCAGAUACUGUGAUGAUGAAUUGCAAGUGAAAAGAGUAAAACAAACUCGGGCAUACAAAGGACAAUGACAACCAGAAAGCUUCAGCCAGAUCCUUCACUUUGCUUGAACAGAACUGGAUCCUAGGAGGUGCAGUUUUUAGUCCUCUGCCGCCCUCUACUGUUCCUUUUGAGAAGUUUUGCCCUACAACAAUGAGAAAGCAUGUACUAGCUGCAUCCUUUUCUAUGCUCUCCCUGCUGGCACUAGUGGGAGAUACAGACAGCAAAACGGACAGCUCCUUCAUGAUGGACUCGGACCCUCAACGCUGCAUGAGGCACCACUAUGUUGACUCUAUCAGUCACCCAUUAUACAAGUGUAGCUCAAAGAUGGUGCUGCUGGCUAGAUGUGAAGGGCACUGCAGUCAGGCAUCACGUUCCGAGCCCUUGGUGUCCUUCAGCACCGUCCUCAAGCAGCCCUUCCGUUCCUCCUGUCACUGCUGCAGGCCCCAAACCUCCAAGCUGAAGGCAUUACGACUGCGCUGCUCUGGGGGCAUGCGGCUCACAGCCACCUACCGGUACAUCCUCUCCUGUCACUGUGAGGAGUGCAGCUCUUGAAACCUGCUGUUGAAUGGCUUCUGGAGAGGUCAACUUUCCUCCCUCUCCAAAAUGAUUCAAUCAGUCAGGGAAGGACUGGCAAGAAAAGAGUUAAGGCAAAACGAAUGCAACAAUUCCUAAGGGAUUCUGUAUAUUCUAGUAAUAAAGACUAUAUACAUGCUUGUUGACAGACAGACCCACUCUGGGAACUUAGUUUCCUUCCCAUCUCCACCCCUUGGUUCAAUUUCCUAUGCUUCCUUUCCAGAUUCAGACACUGACUCACCACCCCCUUGUGGUAAACUCUUUUUGGAUUUCCAACUUCAGCAUUAAUGGAAUAAAUGGACCCCUGUGUAAGUUUGGUCGGGCUUUCACUGUUGGGUGUUGAUUAGAGAGGCAUUCACUUUGGAAAACAAGAUUCCUUCCAGAACAUCAUCUGGUUCCUUUGUCUUGUCAUUAGGUCUGGACAGCCACUUCUACUAACAGGUCCCAGUUUCAUAUUUCAAGCACCAUGCACGUGAUACGUUUAGCCAGGUUCACACCUAACCAACUAACCGACUUUAACAUAACUAACAAGCAGAUUCUCUUAUGUCAUGCACACACUGCUGAGAGCCAUAAUUUUCCUUCAGAAAUGAUCUUGAGGACAUAGAGGUGUCAUUCAGGAAUUUGUCACCGGUAGGCUUUCAGGCAGAUCAUGGUAAAUUUUUGUAAGAGAGCAGACUUUUAAAGACCUCACAACUACGGAUUCUGCACUGACUUUGAAAAAGGCAUAUAUGUAUUAGUGGUAUGGAGAAUGCACUAUACUCAUGCAUGCAAACAAGACAAGCAACUAUGAAUCUGUUUGUGGGUGUGCCAUGGCUUUAGACAUGUUGCAGGCACGGUUUCCUAACAUCCACUUGCCCACGUGAAGUUUACUGCCAAAAUGGCAGCAUGACUCAUGUACUGAACAUUUGGUUCAAAUAUAUUUUGGUCUUUGAGGCUCAAUUUCUUUGAGUUAUCCUCAUGUUUCAAAAUAAAAAGGAAAAUAUCU